AUGAAGUUCACAUUCGUCCUCCUGUUAGCCAUCGUACCACUGGCGUUCGCUCAUGUUCCACACGGAAAGCUCCGACGACAUGCCAGCUAUCUGGAUCGUGAGCGUCAUCGUGGAUACCGGAAAGAGAACGACUACACAAACCACCAACUGAAAGGCAAAUUCGCUGGCCAUGGACACGCUGAUCUGUAUGGUAGCUUCGAUAAAUACGGUGGUGAGAAAGAACGCGGGAAGUACGAAGAUAUGGGCAAAUACUCCCUUGCCGGUAAAUCCCACCAUGAUGGUCAAUAUGAUAUGUACGGGAAGAUGUACGCCAAGGGUGACUUCGGUGCCCACGGACACGAUAAGGAGGGCACCAAAUUCGAGGAAAACACCAAAUUCCGUCGUGGUGGUGGAUACGGAGGAUACGGCAAGAAGAAGUCCUAUGACGAUUACGACACUCAGGGUUAUUUGAAACGCUUCGCUGACAAGGGUUCGAACUCCCGAUUCGACUUGUACGGAAACGUGCUGGCUGAAGCCACCACCUCGACCCUAAUCAAAUUUUGGAGCCUUAACAUUCAUUUGAUCUUCCGUGGAGUAGAACCGUUUAAACCAAGCGAUUCUUAA